AUGGCUUCUCUUACUUCUCAUUCUUCAGCCGUCUGGAAAACCGACGUUUUCGUGAAGAGAGGAAAAUCGAUUUCCCCAGAGCUUGUAGAUGCGAUCGAAAGCUCCAGAUUCGCGAUCGUCGUUGUCUCUAAACACUACGCAGCUUCAAGCUGGUGCUUAGACGAGCUCUUGAAGAUCAUGGAAUGUAAAGAUACGAUUGAUCAGACAAUCGUACCCAUUUUCUACGAGGUUGAUCCUUCGGAUGUUAGAAGACAGAGUGGGAGUUUCGGUGAAGACGUUGAGAGUCACAGUGAUAACAACAAGGAGAAGGUGAAGAAAUGGAAAGAAGCUUUGACCAAAUUAGCUUCGAUUUCUGGUGAAGAUUCUCAGAAUUGGGAUGAGUCAAAGCUGAUUAAGAAGAUUGUUAGAGACAUUUCUGAUAAAUUGGUUUCAACUUCAAGGGAUGAUUCAAAAGGGUUGAUUGGAAUGAGCUCACAUAUGGACUUUCUGCAGUCUAUGAUGGCUAUAGAGGAGGACAAAGAUGUUCGAAUGGUAGGGAUUUCGGGAAUGGGUGGAGUCGGGAAAACUACGAUUGCCAAAUACUUGUACUAUCAACUCUCAUGUCGAUUUCAAGCUCAUUGCUUCAUGGAGAAUGUGAAGGAAGUCUGUAACAGAUAUGGAGUUAGGCGUUUACAAAGGGAGUUUUUAUGCAGAUUGUUUCGUGAGAGAGAUAAAGAAGCGUGGAGCUCGGUUUCUUGUUGCAGCAUAAUAAAGGAAAGGUCAAGGCACAAAAGGGUUUUGAUUGUCCUCGACGAUGUUGAUAGAGCUGAGCAAUUGACUGAAUUGGUGAAGGAGACUAAUUGGUUUGGUCCUGGAAGCAGAAUCAUCGUGACAACACGGGAUAAACAUCUGUUAGUUUCUCAUGGCAUAGAUUUGGUAUAUAAGGUUAAGUGUUUACCCAAAAAAGAAGCUCUCCAGCUCUUUUGUAACUAUGCUUUCAGAAAUGAGAUUAGUAUUCCACACGGGUUUCGGGAGUUAUCGGUUCAAGCUAUUAACUACGCUUCUGGUCUUCCACUGGCUCUAAGAGUUAUAGGCUCUUUCCUUUAUCGAAGAAGCCAAAGAGAAUGGGAAAGCACACUUGCUAGGCUUGAAACUUCUCCUCAUAGCGAUAUUAUGGAAGUUCUGAGAGUUAGCUAUGAUGGAUUGAAUGAGCAAGAAAAGACUAUUUUUCUCUAUAUAUCAUGUUUCUAUAACAUGAAACAUGUUGACUAUGUGACAAAACUUCUGGAUAUAUGUGGCUAUGCUGCUGAAAUCGGUGUCACGGUUCUUACUGAGAAGUCUUUGAUUGUCGUAGCAAAUGGAUACAUAAAGAUGCAUGAUUUGCUUGAACAGAUGGGUAGAGAACUUGUUCGUCAGCAAGCAGUUAACAAACCGGCGGAACGGCUACUUUUAUGGGAUCCUGUAGACAUUUGUGAUUUGCUGUCAGAAAAUUCUGGAAUACAACUUGUUGAAGGAAUGUCCCUGAACCUGUCUGAAGUUUCGGAGGUAUUUGCUAGUCAUCGAGCUUUUGAGGGGUUGUCUAAUCUCAAGCUUCUCAACUUCUAUGACCUUUCAUAUGAUGGAGAGACUAGAGUGCAUCUACCUAAUGGCCUUGCUUAUCUCCCACGCAAACUUCGUUAUCUACGUUGGGAUGGAUACCCUUCAAAGACUAUGCCUUCAAGAUUUUAUCCGGAAUUUCUUGUUGAACUUUGUAUGAGUAAUAGCCAUCUUGAAAAACUUUGGGAUAGAAUCCAGCCUCUUAGGAAUUUGAAGAAGAUGGAUCUUUCUCGCUGUAAAUAUCUUGUCGAAAUUCCAGAUCUCUCAAAAGCCACAAAUCUUGAGGAACUAAACCUUUCCUAUUGCCAAAGCUUGGUUGAGGUUACUCCAUCUAUCAAACAUCUUCAGAAACUUUAUUGCUUGAACUUGACUAAUUGCAUUCAACUCAAGAGCGUUCCAAAUGGAAUCGCUUUGAAGUCGCUUGAUACAGUUGAAAUGAGUGGGUGCUCAAGUCUUAUGCAUUUCCCAGAAAUUUCUUGGAAUACUAGAAGACUCUAUCUGAACAGUACAAAGAUAGAGGAACUGCCAUCAUCGAUCGGUCGUCUUUCUUGUCUGGUUGAAUUGGAUAUGUCAGACUGCCAGAGCCUCAGGAAUCUUCCAAGCACUGUAAGGCACUUGGUCUCACUUAAAUCCAUGAAUUUGGACGGUUGCAAACAUCUUGAGAACCUCCCAGACACAUUACAAAACCUCACAUCCCUUGAAACUCUUGAAGUGUCUGGUUGCCUCAAUAUCAACGAGUUCCCUCGUGUUGCCACAAAUAUAGAAAUCCUGCGUAUAGCUGAGACAUCAAUUGAAGAAAUUCCUGCAAGGAUCUGCAAUCUCUCUCAGCUUAGGUCAUUGGACAUUUCAGGAAAUAAAAGACUGAAAUCUCUUCCGGUAAGCAUUUCUGAGCUAAGAUCCUUGGAAAGGCUCAAGCUUUCUGGCUGUUCUGUACUUCAGAGCAUUCCACCAGAAAUUUGCCAGACAAUGGCCUGCUUGAGGUGGCUUGAUUUAGAUAGGACCAGCAUUACAGAAUUGCCUGAAAAUAUUGGGAAUUUAGUAGCUCUCGAGGUGCUUCAAGCCAAAAAAACAGCGAUAAGACGAGCACCAUGGUCUAUUGCACGCCUUAUCCGUCUUCAAGUUUUAGCAAUUGGGAAUAGCUCCUAUAAUCCAGAAGCUUUGCAUUCUUUAUGUCCACACUUAUCAAGGUUUGAUGAUUUGAGAGCUCUGUGCCUAAGCAACAUGAACAUGCUAGAGAUCCCUAACAGUAUCGGUAGCUUAUGGAGUAUAAUAGAAUUAGAUUUGAGUGGUAACAAUUUUGAAUUCAUCCCCGCGAGCGUCAAACGGCUCACCAGGUUGAUUAGGCUGGAUUUAAACAAUUGCAAGAGACUUCAAGCAUUGCCCGAUGAGCUUCCACGGCGUCUUUUGUAUAUCUACGCCCUAGUGAGUAUCUCAGGUUGUUUCAAGCAUCAUUGUCUGCACAAGCUUGUAGCUAGCAACUGUUACAAAUUGGAUCAAGAAGCACAUAUUCUCAUUCACCGUAACAUGAAGCUAGAUUCAGCAAAACCAGAACUCUCUUAUUUUCCUGGAGAAGACGUGCCGUCUUGUUUCAAUCACCAGGCUGUGGGUUCUUCAUUGCGAAUAGACUUGUCUCAGAGUGAAUCAUCAUCAUCUGACAUUCUGGGAUUUUCCGCCUGCAUCAUGAUUGGAGUUGAUGGGCAGUACUCGAUGAACGAUCUCAAGAUACGCUGUUCUUGUAUAUUAAAAGGGGUUGAUGCUAAUGAGCUGGUUGUUAUGGAUGAGGUAUGGUAUCCGGAUCCAAAAGCUUUUCUGAACAUGUGUUUUGGUUCAGAUCACCUCCUCUUGUUCAGCAGAACAUGCAUGUCCAUGGGAGCUUACAACGAAGCCUUGUUCGAAUUUUCAAUCGAGAACACAAAAGGAGAUUCUUUUAAACCGUUUGGAGAGGUGAAAAAAUGUGCAGUGCACCUCAUAUCGUUUAAAGACAUGAUGCAAGAGCAAGAUAGCGCAGCUUCUGAGGAUUUUCACAAUCCUUAUUUGGAUGUUUCGGAAGCAUUAGAUGAAGCAGGGGUUUUGAAAAGAAAGCCAUAUGAAACUGAAUUCUUGCACAAGGAGCAACCCAAGAGGAUCAAAUUUCUUCCAGUUCCUUUGGUUCGAAAGCAACGUUCCAACUUACAUCAACCAAAUGUUGCACGAGAGUGA